CCUAGAUAUCCAAAAAGGAUACCUAUAUCUAAAUGCUAAAUGGCUACAACAACAUUCUCAAUUCCGAUUUUCAUGUCCAAUGAAACCACAAGUAACCAGGCCCCAUCCACUAGCCAUGCAGCCAGUGGCAUACAUCACACGAGGGCCGAUCGUAUACUGCGUGGAGGAUUUCGAUCACCUAUGGGAAGAGCAUCAUUUCAAGACGACCUUAUUCGACCCCCAUGCCAAUUUACGGGAAGAGCCUCGAUCCGAGCCCGAUCAGUACGUGGCCAUCAUUGCUGAGAAUGGAGCCAAAGGCGAGCUUGACAUGUCACCUUGGGAUAAACGGAUCGUGGCAGAGGCGGGGACUGCUGCUACUGGAGAGAAGAGGGACCUGUGCUAUGUGCCGUAUUACCUACGGGCAAACAGGGGUGGACGAGGACAUAUGAGGGUGGGACUACGCGUUGAAUAAUAGUAGAGUUGGCGUAAGACCUUGCCUUGGGACUUUGAGGUUUGAAAUAAUCUAAGAAGCAAUUUGAAGAAUAGUUUCAAAAUGAAUAGUUAGA